AGAGAAGCUGCUGCUCACUGGAGAAGAGGAGGAGGAGGAGAAGAGGUGAAGAGGAUGAGAAGUUAGUUACUCUGUAUCCCACUCCUGCUGAAGCCUCACUCUCCUGGAGGGAAAAAAGUUCAAAAAAUGUUCCUCACGUUUAUUUUUCUUUAACUGGAGCUCGUUUGAAGUCGAGCACGCGCUCUGACACCUGUCUCGUUACAAAUUACAAAGGUGGUGAAACCGAGAGAAGAUGUUCCGCUGGUGGUUAAAGUGGACAUUUUGCCUUUUCUGGCUUAUAACGACGAGCAAGGCCUCUCCUGACGAUACAGCGGGGGAUUUCGGAGGUGGCGAGUCCGGCUCUGGGAUGCUGCAGGCAGAUGAGGUGAACGUUCUAGCAGGAGCUUUCUCAACAGGUGUCAAACAGCAGUAACAGCUCUAUGUCCAUGGAGGACAGCAGGUGUCCAGUCCUACAGGUGGGACAGUACUCCACCUUGGCUCUUCCCCUACGACAGCUCUUCACUGAUGGGUUUUCAGAUGAGUUCAGUUUACUGGUGCAGCUGCGGAGUCCUCAGAGAGAGGAGCGCAGUGUCUUCACCAUGCUCAGCCCUGACAGCCACGUUAUGCUGCAACUGCGGAUCAGUGCUCACGCCAUCACCUUCAUAGGAACACAGCAACGACACUAUGAGUUCCCAUUCAGCGGUCUGUCUGAUGAAAAGUGGCACCAUGUGGCCGUCAGUGUGUCUGCCAAGCGGCUGGCGCUGUAUGUCGACUGCUCCCUGCUGGAAAGUGUGGACUGGGUGUACCACAGCAUGGGGAUCCGCACAGAUGGGCUGCUCGUGGUUGGAGGCAUCAUCGAGGGCUUUGAGACUCCAUUUGAAGGUCAUCUCAGACAGCUGACCUUCCUGAUGGACGAUCCAGACGCCGCCCAGCAACACUGCAGCCACCACCCGCCCCGCUGCAGCGAGGCGGCCCCCAAGCCUCCCCGCUCCACAGGCACCGACAGCGUCCUGGAGAAUAUACUGCUGUCCUCAAAUGACCUGGAGGACCUGCUGGGGGAUCCCAUGGACGAGUCAUUUCUGAGCCUUGGCAACAGUAAUGUGUUCCUGCACCGAGCGAGCUCUCGAGGGGACGGGACAGUGCUUUCAGGACCUGAUCGGAAAGGUUCAGUAAUUCGUGGAGAUGUCUUUGUGGUUGACGAGGACACUGACUUGUUGGAUCCACUCUUCCAAAAUGGCGGCCAAGUGAACCCUCAGUGGAAGCCCUCCAGAAAUGGCCUUAAAGGAAACCAGAAGGGGAAACCUGAAAUGUCCUCUAAAGAUGUGGAGGAGAACAUUACCACAGAGAAGAAGACAGAUUCGAGUGGGAGGACUUCAUCGCUGUUCCCCGGAAAACCGUCCGAUGACAUAAUUGACCUGGACACGGGAACCACACCCAAGAAGCCGUCGGUAGGGUUUCCUGUACCUUCGAGGGUCCCUUCAGAUCCUAGAACAUCCACAGACUCCAGCAAACUAAGGGAGGAAACAGAUAAUUGGACCACGAUGGUCUUACCUACACCUCAUGUCAUCACCUCUGACUCAUCUGCAAAGGUGGUAGUUGUGGAGGAGGGACCCAUCACCACACAGAGCACCACACAUCCUGUUCACAGAGUUGAGCACAAUGGUAAACAGCCAGACAGGGAGCGUCCCGGAACUGUGACCAUUGUAUCCAUAAAUGGAGACCUGGUCCAGAGCUCAGAUGGCAAAAUGUACCGGCUCCAGAGAGGACCAGCAGGCUGGAUGGGUCCUCCGGGACAAGAAGGCUGUCCUGGUGAGCCUGGCCUGCCUGGGUUUAAAGGUGAUCAGGGUAAAAUGGGCCCUCCAGGCAAUCCAGGAAAAAGGGGGGAGCCAGGACCUCCUGGACCAGCAGGUUUACCAACCCUCUACCUGUGGAGGAACACUGCUGAGGAAUGGGCUGCCUUCCAGCAAACCAAUUUUUACCAGUUACUUCGUGCUGGUUGGCCUACUAAAGAAGGUCCUGCUGGACCACCUGGAGAGAUGGGCAAGCCCGGCUUACAGGGCCCACCUGGUGAACCUGGGGACCGUGGACGACCAGGGAUGCCAGGAGAGAUGGGUGAGCGGGGUCCCUGGGGCCCUCCAGGACGAGUCGGGACCCCAGGGAGAGACGGCGAAAAUGGAGAAGAUGGUCAGCCCGGGUCACCUGGUGCUCCAGGAUUACCGGGCCCCUGGGGAUACAGGGGAGAACGAGGGUCCAAAGGGGAAGAGGGUGAUGAGGGUCUCAUUGGCCUCAAGGGUCCAAGAGGAGAAACUGGUGAACCUGGUGAGAAGGGCUCAACUGGUUUACCUGGCCCACCUGGUUCUGUUGGACCACGAGGGCCUCAAGGGAUCCGAGGUGGCUACGGGCCAGAGGGGCCUCGUGGGCCUGAUGGGGAGAGCGGACUGGAUGGGGCUCCAGGUCUGCCAGGGCCAACGGGUGCACCAGGUUUUACAGGGCGUGUUGGUGCUCAAGGAGUUAAUGGUUCAAGGGGGGACAUGGGACCUGCUGGCAGUGCUGGCCCCAAAGGCCCACAGGGGCCUCCAGGUCUAGAGGGACAGAUUGGGCCUCCAGGACUCAGAGGGCCCCAGGGACAUCCAGGACAGAUUGGCGAUCCCGGGCCUAGAGGAGACCCUGGGCCUACGGGGCCCAUGGGUGCCAGGGGGGAUCCUGGCUUUGAGGGGCCCAUGGGUGCUCCAGGACAACAGGGUCCUAUGGGUUUUCCUGGUGUAACGGGUAACAGGGGACCAGAUGGAGACAAGGGGGAUCCAGGUCCUAAAGGCAACAAAGGUUUUCAAGGGGCAGCUGGCAUUAGGGGUCCUCAGGGAGAGAGGGGCCCCACCGGCUUCCCAGGUUUCCCAGGGAUCAAGGGCCGUCCUGGCCCCAAAGGCACUGAGGGCACAAAUGGAGAAACUGGCCCUCAGGGAAAACAGGGCAGCCGUGGGCUAAAGGGGAACAGGGGACCAGAUGGGCGUAAUGGAAAACCAGGACCCAGAGGGAGCAAGGGUCGGCCUGGACAGAGAGGCCACACUGGCCAACCAGGCCCAUCGGGUUUGCUGGGGCCACCUGGACCAGAGGGAGCAGAAGGAAAGCCUGGUACACAGGGUCCCUCGGGUGCAGCUGGGAGUGCCGGCAGUAAAGGACUGACGGGUUUUCAAGGAAUUGUUGGAGAGAGAGGAGCAGAUGGGCCACCAGGUUCUCCGGGUUUCACAGGGAAGCCAGGCAUGGAGGGACCUCAGGGCCCAGUAGGCAUGUAUGGUAUCCAGGGGAAUGUGGGCAUGCGAGGGCCUCCAGGUUUCAUAGGAGAAAGGGUAUGGGUGAGCCAGGUUUACGAGGUUUACCCUGGACCUGUCGGGAAGUCAGGACCUCCAGGUCUGCCAGGUCCGCCUGGAGAGAAGGGACCCCCGGGACCUCAGGGCCCUCCAGGUGUUCCAGGUGCAGAUGGGGCACCAGGAAAACCUGGACCCAGGGGAAGCAUAGGUCCCCCAGGACCUCAGGGGCCACAGGGGCCAGCAGGAAUCCCAGGACCACAGGGUGCUGAUGGGUUAUUAGGAGCAGCAGGGAGACGAGGACCCAAGGGCUUACCUGGUUCACCUGGUGAUGCCGGCCCAACAGGACAAGAUGGAGAACAGGGUCUCCCUGGCCAAACAGGAAUUGAGGGCCCACCUGGACGGAAAGGAGACCAGGGCCUCCUGGAGAGAGAGGAUAUGAGGGCCCAAAAGGCCUUCAGGGACCACCUGGACCAGUGGGUAAAGAGGGUGAUGUCGGGCUUCCUGGUGAAGCUGGAGAUCCUGGUCCUAAAGGGGAGAAGGGCGAGGUGGGACCUCUAG